GCUGGCACCUGUAACCAGGAUGAAGUUAAGCUGUAGCUCCCAAAGUAUUCUAGAAGCUCUCGGAAAAUCGUAAUGCUAUAUUGAAAAUCUUUCUAGAAAACUAGGGUUUCUCUACACUAGUUUAUCCCACUAAAACUGGAGUUUUCUAGAACAGUUUGAGCCAUGGCUUCAGCGGUCCUCAGCUCUGUUCUCACUACCGCCUCUCGGUUUGCCCUGUUACAAGUUGAUAGUGGCAGUGGUUCUGAUUCUGAGCCUGGAAAAGGCAAAGGCCGGAAUAAUGGGAAGCCUCAAGCCUUGGGAAACAAACCAACUACAAAUGAAAAAAAGAGAGAGAAAAGAAGGAAAAAGAAGGAGCAGCAGCAGAGUGAAGCAAAUGAGCUCAGGAAUCUUGCUUUUAAGAAAAUUCCCCAGAAAUCCUCCCAUGCCAUUUGCAAUGUUCAGCAUGAGCUUUCAUUGCCAAACCCAGCACAGAAGGAGUCUCGGGAAGAAAACUGGCAGGAGUGGAGACAGAAAGAUGAGCAGCUGACAUCUGAAAUGUUUGCGGCUGACCUGGAGAAGGCCUUGUUGCUGAGUAAACUGGAAUAUGAAGAGCACAAGCAGGAUUAUGAAAAUGUUGAAAAUGCUUCAACUCAGUCCAAAGGUGUAAAUAAAAAAGAUAAGAGGAAGACCCAGCAGGGGAAGGACAGACCUCUCACAGUGUCCCUGAAGGAUUUCCAGUGCGAAGAUCAUAAUAGUAAAAAGACAGAGGAAUCGAAUUCUUCUCAGACUUUGUCACAUGAUGGGGGAUUCUUCAAUAGACUGGAAGAUGAUGUUCAUAAGAUUCUUAUUAGAGAAAAGAGAAGAGAACAGCUUACAGAACAUAAUGGAACAGAGAAUUGUCCAGCUCCUGAGCACAACCAGGAAGUGGGUCUGAAAGAUGGAAGAAUUGAGAGACUGAAAUUAGAACUUGAGAGGAAAGACGCUGAAAUUCAGAAACUCAAAGCUGUAAUCACCCAGUGGGAGGCAAAGUAUAAAGAAGUAAAAGCAAGAAAUGGACAAUUAUUAAAAAUGCUUCAGGAAGGAGAAAUGAAAGAUAAGGCAGAAAUACUCCUGCAAGUCGAUGAAUCCCAAAGUAUCAAGAAUGAGCUGACGGUCCAGGUGACCUCACUUCACACUGCAUUGGAACAAGAAAGAUCUAAAGUGAAAGUAUUACAGGCAGAAUUAGCCAAAUACCAGGGUGGCAGAAAAGGGAAAAGGAACCCUGAGUCCGACCAGUGUAGGUGAUUACGGCAGCCUUUGCGGUCAUCACACAGCACUGUCAGAGUUUUGCAGAAAUGUGUGUAUUUGAUGCUGUGCAACUGCCCACCUGUGCAGUUUCUGUUGAAGGAACUAAAAGCAACUAGCUCACUCAUAGUCUACAAUUCGAUGUUCUUUUGGCUUAAACUUAAAAGAAAAUAUAGAAUACCAGCAGAACUUGAUUAUUGUUGUUUGUCCAAACCUAUGACUUUAGUUUUUCAUCAGUCAAUAAAAUUAAUUUACUCUUCCGCUAA